AACGCGACAGAUCCCUGUAGUUGUUCUGUCCGUGGUGUAUGAGGACCUGUUGUUCGUACUGUGUGGCUUUCACAAGCAGCUGUUUGGCUUCGCCCCAGCCGAGACAGUCUGUAGCAAUGGCUUCAGGAACAGUGCUGAUUUAUGAUGAGGAGAUGACCACCCACAAACUACUUUGGAGUGAUCCCAUUUGUGAUAUUGAAGUGCCAGAAAGACUUUCAUCCUCCUAUGAGCAGCUUAAAUGUUACCACCUUGUGGAAAGAUGUGUCCAUGUGCCUGCCAGAGAAGGAAGCGAGGAGGAGAUCCUGUUGGUUCACAGUUCAGAAUAUUUGGAAUUGGCGAAAAGCACUGAGACAAUGAAUGAGGAGGAGCUGAAAAGAGUCUCUGAAAAUUAUGAUGCUUUUUUCUUUCACCCGAACACUUACCGCUGUGGCAGACUAGCAGUAGGAGCAACUUUGCAGCUGGUGGAUGCUGUGAUGUCAGGAAAAGGGCGCAAUGGAAUGGCAUUAGUAAGACCUCCAGGUCACCACAGCCAGAGAAAUGCAGCUAAUGGAUUCUGUUUGUUCAACAAUGUUGCUAUUGCAGCAGAAUAUGCAAAACUGAAAUAUGGACUACAGAGAAUCCUAAUUGUUGACUGGGAUGUGCACCAUGGACAAGGAACUCAGUAUAUAUUUGAAGAGGAUCCGAGGGUUUUGUACUUCUCUUGGCAUCGUUAUGAACAUCAGGAAUUCUGGCCAUCACUCAAAGAAUCUGAUUAUGAUGCUGUGGGUCUGGGAAAAGGAAAAGGUUUUAACAUAAAUUUGCCUUGGAAUAAGGUUGGGAUGGGAAAUUCAGAUUAUCUUGCUGCAUUUUUCCAUGUAUUGCUUCCAGUGGCUUUUGAGUUUGAUCCUGAAUUGGUUAUUGUCUCCUCUGGAUAUGAUUCUGGAAUUGGAGACCCUGAAGGUCAGAUGAAUGCCACUCCUGAGGUUUUUGCCCACCUUACCCAUUUCCUGAUGCAGUUAGCUAAUGGAAAGCUGUGUGUCGUCCUAGAGGGUGGAUACCACUUGAAAUCAUUGGCUGAAUCAGUGUGCAUGACUGUAAAAACUUUGCUUGGAGAUCCUGUACCUCAAAUAACUGGAGAAAUGUCACCUUGUCUAAGUGCUGUUGAAUCUAUUCAGAAUGUGAGAGCAGCACAUAAACCCUAUUGGAAAUGGUUGACGUAUGAAGACACAUCAUUUUUACAAAAUUUGAGCACCAAAUCACAUCUACUAAAGAAGGCUAAUUCAAAUCCCUCCACAGAACAUGACUCUAAGAUAACUAACAGCGAUGAUACUGUCAAAGUAGAAAGGUUUUUGGAACUGCACAUGAAAAAUAUUCUAUUUCCAGUACCUCCCAUCAAAACAGCAACAACUGAUUCUACAGGUUUAGCUCAUUUUCUACCUGUAGGUGUUCAUUUGGUGAAGGAAAUGGACAAAACUGAAAUAAAAGUUCUUGUCAGUGGCUUUUAUGCAGACCUUGUGAAAGACGACACAACUUUGCUCUCUCUUGGCAGUAUGUUGGCCAUCCUAGAUAAAAUACUUAAGAAAGAGGUACGUAAUGGAAUUGCAGCGUCACCUACACCUGCUGUUUCUGCUGCUGUUGCACUAAGACAUUCUGUUCGUUUUGGAUUUCAAAGAAAAGUGCUUAUCAUACAUAUCUGUGAGAAAGAAGAGUCUGGAAAGACCAGUUCCAAACACUAUAUUUCUCUAAACUGGAAAGAGGAUGCUGAAGGAAAUGACUUCUUUUCUGCUGUACUUGGAUUCAUUCUUCCUGUAGCAUAUAGUUAUCAGCCAAACCUAACAGUAAUAGCUGUUGGACCAAACAGGAACCUUGAAAUAAGUGGGAUUUCUCUGCUUUUUGCUUUGCUACAAGGAUUAGCUGAGUCUCGAAUUUUUGCUGUGAUCAAGGACACAGAGAUAAAAUUAUUGCAGAGUGUAGCCAAAGCAUUAGUGGGUGCUUCUCCACCUCACUUUGGAGUUUAUGUACCUCCUACCCAAGAAAAAGUAAAUAAAAUCAAAACAUUAAGAGACCAGUUUCAGCAGGAAUGGAAAAUGCUUCAGUGUUCAGGUAAGUCUUCACAUGAAAUCAGAGAUCCUGACAGUAACUGCUGAAACCCGACAAUUUGAUUUGAAAUGGAGAGCAUCACACAGUUGUUCAGUGAUUUGUGUGAAGCACACUUGACAGGUUUGCCAUGGAAAGUUCACUUGGGCAGGCAGAAGAUCAGCAAGAGAAGGGCUAAGCAAAAUCUGAAAAGGGUUGCUUAUAAUGCCCUGUUCAUAAACCUUUUUCAAGAUGAGGCUCGUAAGCUGCAAUCAAACAUUUCCAGACUUCCAGUGAAAAACAAAAUUUUGAUGCUGUCUUUCAACUUGAGAGUUGGUGGCCUGGGUGCUCAAGCAGACAGACUGGAGAAUCUUGUAGAGGAACUGGAAACAGCUGAAUGCUUACCAUUUACUGAAGUGAAUUCUGUCUUGGAUCUCUUAGUACAGCUUGCUGGAACAGGCCCUCCCCAGCUUGUACCACAGAAAAAGGACUAUUUUAUGAACAACAAAUAUGUUGGGAGGAAUGUCAAAUAUCAGGGUUAUGACUAUUAUGAUGUGAGUGUGUUUGAAGCUGACAUACAGUCUCUGAUAACAAAUGAAGAAUGUCAGUUCAACGACACAAUUCAAAAGACGCUUCAGAUAAUGGAGGCAGCCCCUGGCACUGGGCUCCCUGCCAUAGGGCUGUUCUCACAGAGCUGCCCUGCUGGGGACAAGUUUGAGAAAGAGACACGGGUCUCCCUCUUCGGUGCCCUUGUCCACAGCCGUACAUAUGAUAUGGACAUCAAGUUGGAUUUGCCACCAGUGCCUGACAAUGCAGAUUUGUCUGGACUUGCAAUUAAAGUUCCCCAAAGUAUAGAUCAGUCAGAAGAUGAGGGAUUCCAGUCAGCAUCCAAUCUGACUCCUGAUUCUCAGUCAGAGCCGAGCAUGACUCCAGACAUAGAUUUGUGGGAUGCAGUGCUUACAUAUGGACCCAGCAAACGAAGAUGUUGGGAAAGAAUUGGAUACCCACCAGGUAAAAAAGAGGAACCAUAUCUUACUGAAGCGGGGAGAGAAGCUUUUGACAAAUUUUACAAACUUCGAGAAGGGGAAUUACAACUGUUCAGUAAUACUGUACUUCAGCUUCCUCAACUUGUGCUGAUGAAAGAACCUGAACUGGUUAAGGAUGUCUUGAAUGUCCUCAUUGGUGUGGUAUCCACUACAUUUUCACUCAAUCAGGCUGCUCAGACAUUUGUGAUAAAGGAGGGGGUAUAUGUAUCUGGAACUUCACCAGAGACAAUGCACAACCUGCUGGCAGAAGUUGCAGAGUAUGGAACCUAUUACACACGACUAAGUCGUUUUUCUCUUCAGCCAGUUUUGGAUUCCUCGUACAGCAAAGGACUUGUGUUUCAGGCAUUCACAAGUGGGCUGAGAAAGUAUCUUCAGUAUUACCGAGCCUGUGUUUUGUCAACACCUCCUACUUUAAGUCUUCUAACAAUCAGCUUUCUCUUCAGAAAAUUAGGUCGUCAGUUGAGGUAUUUAGCUGAACUUUGUGGCAUAGGAACAACCACACUGGGGAUCAGUGGUGGAGCUGGUGCUUCAUUUCCUACGGGUGUUAAAUUGCUUUCAUAUCUGUACAAGGAGGCUCUGAACAAUUGUAGCAAUGAACAUUACCCAGUUCUGCUGUCUCUGCUGAAGACGAGCUGUGAACCAUACACAAGAUUUAUCUAUGAUUGGGUGUACAGUGGUGUAUUCAGAGAUGUUUAUGGAGAAUUUAUGAUCCAGGUGAAUGAGGAUUAUCUUUGUUUCAGAGAUAAACAUUACUGGACUCAUGGUUAUGUUUUGAUUUCAAAAGAAGUAGAAGAUUGUGUCCCUGUAUUUCUUAAACAUAUUGCUAAUGAUGUAUACAUAUGUGGGAAAACCAUAAACUUGCUGAAAUUGUGCUGUCCUAGGCAUUAUAUAUGUUGGUCAGAUAUACCUGUUCCUCGGAUUUCAGUUAUUUUUUCACUUGAAGAACUGAAAGAGAUAGAGAGAGACUGUGCAGUGUAUGUAGGUCGAAUGGAAAGAAUUGCCCGAUACAGUUCCAUAAGCAAGGAGGAAAAGGAUUUGCGCAUGGAAAUAGCCAAACAAGAAUUAAUUGUUCACGCUCGGGAAACUGCCAGCAAAGUACUAAAAGCCAUUAGUGAUCAGCAAAUAUCAGAACGAAUGGCUUUGGAUGCAAAGAAACGGGAACAGUUUCAGAAGCUGAAAGACCAGUUUGCAAAAGACCAAGAGCGUCGCCUUGCAAUGAAGCAGGAGGAGAUUGAUGAUGAUUUCAGCUAUGCCCGAGAGCUCAGAGAGAGAGAGAGAAGACUGAAAGCUUUAGAAGAGGAAAUGGAAAAAAAGGCAAGGCAGGAACUAAUUGACCAUUAUAGCAAACUUUCCGAUGAUGCAGCCCGUAGGGAACAAAGAACAUUAUGGAAAAUCCAGCGACACAAGUUGGAAACAGCCCGUCUUAAGUUUCUGUUAGAAGAUCAAAAGCGCAUUGAGGAAAUGCUUGAAAAACUUCCAGAUGGAAACUACAGGAGAAAAUUAGAUAUUAUUCCUUCUAAACAGUCCCAGUUGGCUUUGGAUAAAAGCCCUGUUGAGAAAGAUCCACCUUCACAGGUGUCUUCUGUGGAACCUCUGCAUUCUAAUGAGACAAUUGACAGAAAAGAAUCUGAGCCUGAACAGGAAUAUGCUCCUUCUGCUGACAAAGCACUGCCUAUGCCAGAGCCAGCAAACAGUGGUGCUGAUCAGCAUUUUCAGCAUGAAGCAGCAGGAUCUCAAAGCAGUCUCCAAAGUUCAGAGAAAGCUUGCAGUCCUCUAUGCAGUGCUGACUCCCUACCUGAAUCCAGUGUGAAUAUUGAAGAUUUCUUAUCAAAGCCACAAGAUGAACAGUCUGUUGCCAUUAGCAUACAAGGAUCUUCGCUAGAUGAAGCAUUCAGAAAUAUUAACUCAGAUCUUUCUGAGACUUCUCAAGUAAGUGAAAGUCAGCCUGUCUUGGGAGGAGCACCAGAAGGAGAAGACAAUGCACCAUUGCAUCAGCAAACAGAGUAUGAUUUUAAUACAGUCCUCAGACCAUCUGCAGCUUGGCAGGGACAUGUUAGAGUUGGAGAAAAUGUAUUUGAUGUGGAAUGCAGAAGGCCUCGGUGGAAUAUGCAUGGACAUGCAUCUGAUGCCAACAUUAGAGUGGGAGAAUAUGUACCUCAAGUGGACACUUACCAGCCACAUUCAAGCCCUUAUGGGCAUUCUUCAGACUCCCAUAUAAAAAUCAGCAGCUGUGUUUCUGAAGUUGAAUCUAGCCGACCUCGAUGGAAUAUUCAUGGGCAUGUUUCUGAAGCUCAUAUUAAAAUUGGGGAAUAUGCUUCAGAGACAGAGCCCUCAAGGCCUAGGUGGAACAUUCAUGGACAUGCCUCAGAAGCCAAUAUUAAGAUUGGUGAGUAUGUGUCAAAUGUAGCUCCUACAAGGCCUCGGUGGAACAUCCAUGGCCAUGCAUCUGAUGCCAAUAUCAAGAUUGGUGAAAAUGUGUCGGAGGUGGUCUCAGCUAGACCUCGUUGGAACACCCAUGGGCACGCGUCACAGUCACACAUCAAAAUCGGAGAACUGGUUUCAGAUACAGAGCCUUUGAAAUCCCGCUGGAGCCCAUUUGGACACGCAUCCCAGUCAAGCAUCCAAAUAGGGAAGUGGGCCCCAUCUACAGAAAAUGAUCCAAUACCUCAUCGUAAAGCCAUUUCAGGUUCUUCAUCCGACUCCACAGUGCAGACACUUCUGUACAGUGAAGAGUUAUCUCCCGCUGAAGGGAGCAGAAAGGAAGCGAAACUGUCACAAGUUAAGGAAGAAACUUUGCCACAGUCACAGAUGCCUGACAGUGUUACAGACUUUGAUGCUAAUAUUAAAGACAAUAAAGAAGAAAAUAUAAUGGAAAAGAAACAAGAAGUAAUUGCAGACGUGGUCAACAAGGACCCUUCUCCAGACUCCUCACAGAGCUUACAGGCAGAAGAACCUGAAAAAGCCAUUCCACAAGAUACUGUACCUCAAGAAACUUUAAUUUCUGAAGAGAAUGCUUCCAAGACUAAGGAACGGGAGGGGGAAGAGGAAGAUACAUGGAAGAAAGAACAAGCUUAUUUGAAGGCCUUAUCGGAUCAGUAUUGUAUUGAAAAAUAUCAAGAUAGUUAUGAUUUGAUGUCAGAACUACCAGUUUCUCAUCUCUUGCAUCAUGUGAUACCAAGAUCAUAUACUUUUCCUGUGGAUCCUACGGUGCAGUCGGCAACAGAUGAAACUGCUGUACAGCUGAGUGAGCUCUUGUCUUUGCCAGUGCUGAUGAAACGUUCUAUUACUGCUCCACUUGUAUCUCAUGUUUCUCUUGUGAACAAAGCAAUAGUUGAUUACUACUUUGUGGAGCUGAACGUAGAGAAGCAUUUUGAAGCACUGAGACACUUUUUAUUAAUGGAAGAUGGGGAGUUUGCUCAGUCACUCAGUGACCUGUUGUUUGAGAAGCUUGGAUCAGGACAGACACCUGGGGAAUUGCUGAAUCCACUGGUUCUUAAUUCUAUUUUAAAUAAAGCAUUACAGUACAGUCUUCAUGGUGAUACCCAGCUUGCUUCCAAUCUUUCUUUUGCCCUCAAGUAUCUUCCAGAAGUGUUCAAGCCCAAUGCACCCGAUGCUCUGAGUUGCUUAGAGCUAAGGUACAAGGUUGACUGGCCUCUGAACAUUGUCAUUACUGAGAGCUGCAUGAAUAAGUACAACAAGAUCUUCUCCUUUUUGCUUCAGCUGAAGCACAUGGUAUGGACUCUCAAGGAUGUUUGGUUUCACUUAAAACGUACUGCUUUAGUGAGUCGUGCAUCAAAUUCAGUUCAGUUUCGACAGCUCCAGCUGUAUAAGCAUGAAAUGCAGCAUUUUGUGAAAGUUAUUCAAGGUUACAUUGCUAAUCAGAUUCUUCAUGUUACAUGGUGCGAAUUUGGAAACAAACUGUCUUCUGUGGGCAACCUGGAAGAAAUUCACAGAACCCAUGCUGAAUACCUCAACAAAGCAAUCUUCAGGGGUCUGUUGACAGAGAAGGCAGCCCCUGUGAUGAACAUCAUACACAGCAUCUUCAGCCUUAUUUUGAAGUUCCGCAGCCAGCUCAUCUCUCAGUCAUGGAGCUUCGAUGCAGGGAAGCAAAUGGCUGUUCAUCCCAACUUUGGUCUGAUGCAGCAGUCAUACAAUACCUUCAAGUAUUACUCCCAUUUCUUAUUCAAAGUGGUAACGAAGCUUGUAAACAGAGGAUACCAACCACAUUUGGAGGACUUUCUGCUGCGAAUCAACUUUAAUAACUACUACAAGGAUAACUGAACUCUAUAUAGAGUAAGGAUGACUGAUAACAUAGUAAAACAGAAACUAUAUAUAUAUAUAUAUAUGCUUAUGAUUUAUAGAAGCUUUUGCAAAUGCCAUGCAAAGGGCAUUUUUCUUCAGUGAAAUAACCCACUAUCUACAAGCAUGAAGAAAAUAACCACCAAAUACAGAGCAUGAUGCUUAAAAAUCCACCAAACCUGCCCGUUGUUUGAUCUGCUGAAAAUUGAUGUUGUCGUUAUUGCAGAGAUAAAAAAGCUGAGUGCCAGAUCUUCACACAGAAGAGUGCAAAACUGUAUAUCUGUGAAUGUGUAAAUGUUGUAUUUUCAGUGAUGUGAAUUUCCUUCAGUGUAAAUACAUGUAUAUGAAAUAAAUUAACAGAUACUUUCUAAAACUGCA